AUGCUGAUAUUACCCAACGUAGUCCAUAAACUUGAGUUCAGUCUCAUUACUUUAAAGAUGGGGGAACCUAAAUUCGAAGGAACUACAAAAGACGUAUUGGAGUGGAUUAAAUUCAGAGAAGAGUUUGGAGGAACUAUUGAUGAUUUAAAAAUUGAAACUGGAACUGAAAAACUUGUCAGAAAGUUUAAAGAAAAUCCACUAGUCCCUAUUGGUGCUUUAGCUACCACUGCUUGCCUCUCCUAUGGUCUUUACUGUUUCCGUAGAGGUGAAAGAAGAAUGUCACAGAUAAUGAUGAGAGCUCGAGUUGCUGCUCAAGGAUUUACUGUGUUAGCUAUAGUAGGAGGGCUGCUGAUAACGGCUAACAAAAAAAAUAAAUGA